ACAUUUUUGAGAAAGAUCCCAGAAGGUAUCCCUCAAGAUAUCAAAAAAAUCAGAAUUGAAAAUUCCCUGCUGACAGAAUUGUUUCGUGGCGCCUUCUCUAACGUUAGUGCCUUGCAAUAUCUCUGGCUUAAUUUUAAUAACAUCACAGUCAUGGAUCUAAAAAGUCUUGAGCACCUGAAGGAUUUGACAGAGCUGAGAUUUCAGGGGAACAGAUUGCGUUCAAUACCAUGGACAGCAUUCAGAGAUACACCAGCUUUAGAAAUACUCGAUCUGAAAUGCAACAGGCUUGAUGUCCUCCCAGAACACGCUUUCCGCUACCUUUCUAGGCUGACCUACUUAGACUUAUCUUGCAAUGAGCUUACUGUCAUCUCCAAAGAAGUGUUCUAUAAUUGGCCUGUCUACCAAAAAAUCCAGAAGAAAUCAGAAACCAUUUCCAGUACCGUCUUGGCUUUGCAUGAUAACCCAUGGAUAUGUGACUGCCGUCUGCGAGGGUUUGUCCAGUUCAUCAAUUCUCUUGGCCCACCUAUUGUUCUAAUCAAUUCCUACUUAACUUGUUCAAGUCCUAAAACUAAGGCAGGCAAAUACUUCCAUGAAGUGGAGCUGAACAGCUGCAUGAGACCUUCAGUGACAUCUUCUGAACCAAAUAUUACUGUGUUUCUUGGAGGAAAUGUAAUGCUGACUUGUUUGAUAAAAGCUAAUCCUUCUCCAAUGAUUUGGUGGAACUAUACGUUAAAACACUUACGAGGGUUUAAUGUGUCUACUACUCAUAUGAGUGAAGAGACUUUCAAAUCACAAUUGGUGAUUCCUUCAGCUCAACUUAUGGAUGAGGGGAAUUAUACCUGUACAGCUGCCAAUUUCCUUGGCAAUUCCUCUGUUACCACAAUGCUGGACAUCCUAGCUCCUCUACCAGUGACAUCCUCCUAUUCUUCCUCCAUCUUGGAUGAGAAUUCCUACAUUGAUGUGCAGAUUGCCAAGCAGACAGUCUAUGGGAUUACUCUGGAAUGGUAUACCAUGACUGAAAAUCCAGAAGAAAUCUGGUAUACCCUCCAUUUUGGAAAAUACGAUGAUUCCAAGAAAGAUACAAUUUACAUUGGGCCUGGAAUUAAUACUUAUUCCAUCAAUGAUUUGCUCCCUGCUACCAAGUAUGAAGUGUGCAUAAGUCUGAGAAAGCAGGUGCUCCCAAAGAGCCAGUGUAUUGUGUUUGUGACAGGAAGUGACAUCAGUGAAUUGGAACAGAGGGAGAAGAUGAUCCACAUCAUUGUCAUCGUAUGCGCUCUGGUGUUGGUGGUCCCUGCUAUGAUGUACCUGUGCACCACCAAGGCCAGGUGCAGCUGCACAGAGAAAUGUACUAGCUGCUGUUGCAAGAAUAGGAGCAAGAAUAUCAAAUGUGUUCAUAAAAAAUGCAAAUCUGAUAGUUUGCCAGUAGGCAGUGAAGAGGGACUAUGCCAUCAAGACUCCAGUGGUGACCAGACAGUGCUAAAGGAAAGUAAGGAGAAAGAGAAAGCCAACAAACAGACACCUGAGUGUCAAAAUGGUGCUGAUCUCUAUUAG